GGGAGUAUUAAUUUAUGGUAUUCAGAAGGUGAUAAUCUAGAAAAAGGGUUCACUUUGUAUUUGAAAAGAGAUUGAAAGAGUUAAGAGAGGAAGUAGUAGUGAUCAGAAAAGAUGUGCAAUUCAGAAGGUGAAUGCAGACCAUUGGGUUUUCUAUUAGGUCUUCCUUUCGCCUUUCUCUGUCUCCUCAUCUCAAUCGUUGGUGUACUCAUCUGGAUUGUCGGAUUGGCGCUUACUUGUAUAUGUCCUUGUUGUUUGUGUUUAACUAUAAUAGUGGAGCUUGCGCUUGAAUUGGUCAAAGCUCCAUUGCAUGUCAUGGAGUGGUUCACCUCUAAGAUCCCCUGCUGAAGAUAGUUUCUUGUUAUUGUUAUUGGGAUUGAUUUAGGGUUCUUAAGGUUGAUGUUUGGUUUUUUGGGUUUUUAAAUUUUAUCUACAGAGUUUACUAUAGUGUGUUUAAUGAAUUUUAAUUGCACAGAAAGAAAAUUUUAGUUUUGUUUGAUAUCUGUGAAUUAAUUUGUUUAUUACUUUGAACUAUAUAUGGAACUAUUGUUCUUAUACA